GACGCCGGCUGACGAGGAGCGCGCGCUCCCGGGGCCUCUCGCCUUGUGCAGGCACAACGCUGGCUCCGCUACGAGCAAGUCAGAGGAGGAGGAAGAAGAGGCGGAGGAGAAGGCGAAGAAGGGAGCCCAGCCGGCGCCAUGGAGGAGCUGAGCAGCGUGGGAGAGCAGGUCUUCGCCGCCGAGUGCAUCCUCAGCAAGCGGCUCCGCAAGGGCAAGCUGGAGUAUUUGGUGAAGUGGAGAGGCUGGUCUUCCAAGCACAACAGCUGGGAACCUGAAGAGAACAUUCUAGAUCCCAGGCUUCUCCUGGCCUUUCAGAAGAAGGAACAUGAGAAAGAGGUGCAGAAUCGGAAGAGAGGCAAGCGACCCAGAGGCAGACCUAGGAAAAAUAUCGAACCUGAGGUGCCCCCAAAGAGCAAAUCCAGCAGCUCUUCCUCUUCAACCUCCUCCUCAUCUUCCUCUUCUGAUGAAGAGGAUGAAAGUGACCUUGAGACAAAGAGAGGUCAACGGAGCAGAGAGAGUCAUCCAGUGCCUCAAAAGAAGGCUCAGAUUCUGGUGGCCAAGCCAGAGAAUAAAGACCCUGUUAGGAAGAAACGAGGGCGGAAACCACUGCCUCCAGAGCAGAAGGUAGCAAAGAGGACUGUCAACCUAACAAAGGUGCUUAAAACGAACCAGAAGGAGAUGGGAGGAGGAGGAGGAGGAGGACCCAAACUGAUGGGAAAGAUGCAGCCACAAAACAGUGCUCACAGUUCCGGCAUUGCCAUGCUUAAAUCCCACAUGAAGGAAGCCCAAGGUGCAUUUGGCGGAUUUUGUUCUGGAUCAUCCUCCACUGACAACCUCUCCAGUAUUGUGAAGAGUACCUCACCUGGGAGCCCAAAUUGUGGCAUCAGCUGGCAAAGCUCCAUUGUGCAUUAUAUGAGCAGGAUGUCGCAGAACCAGAGCGCCGCAGAUGCCUCUGCUGUGGGGAGGUUGACGCUCAAGUCAGCCAUGUCCUGCAAGAGUGGCCUUGGGCUGGAUUUGAAACUGAAAAACCAGAAAGGCACUGGUGAUCUGGAGUUGACUGUGCAAGGGUCCAAAGUGACGAAGAGACCUAGUGGCAGUGUGUUGGGGGAACAAAAAACAGGGUACGGUGUUGGUGCUCAGAACUUGCACAAUGGCAACAAAGUUCCUGCUGGCUCUCCCAACAACCAGCAAGCUUCCACCCAGGAGCUCAACCUCCAAGCUUUAAAUCUGCAGAGUGUGAAAAAUGGGUCAAACUCCGCUGGGGGUAGCAGCCUCCCUCGUCAUGGCUGUGGGACUGUGGCCAAAAGUGCUGGCAGCAGUCUGGUUACAAGCACAGGUGUGACCAAGGGCAGUGGGCCAAGUGGUGGCCCAAAUGCUGCAAAUGCUGGGGUCCCAUUAACGGACACAGAUGCUCGUAAAAGUGAGAAGCCAGCGCAAAGAAUGGCCGCUGGUGAGAGAGAUUUGACAACAAAAAGCAGUGCUUCAUGUGCACAGGAAGGGUGCCCCACCACAGAAAAUCACAAGACUUCGGCCCUAUCAGAAAUGAGCACUGGAGAAGAGGAGACUAGUUCUGAUUCAGACAGAGAUUCUGCUUCUUUCCCUGGAGCAGGCCAGAACAUGUCUGUCUCCAUCCAGACUAGCCAGGAUUGGAAGCCCACUCGCAGCCUCAUCGAACAUGUCUUUGUCACAGAUGUGACCGCUAACCUGAUCACAGUGACUGUCAAGGAAUCUCCAACCAGUGUUGGCUUUUUUAAUCUUAGACAUUACUAAGCUCUGGGGCAUACAGGGGGCAUAGUUCCCUUCCACAACCUGCCUCAUUGACCCUACCUGACUGUUGCCUUUGAUGCCAGAAGGGGAAACAAAACCCAGCUGCUACCGCCCUUUAUAAGCUAUAUGCUAUUAAGCAGUAACUCUGCACUGGGAGAUUCUGUAACUGCUGACCAUGGUAGCUUUUGUCUUCUACUAGCUCACUCUAUGGAAACUCCCCGACACCUAUAGAGUUCUUUCUGGGGGCCAGGUUGUUAUGCAGCUGCCAAAAAACAUAUGUAUGUAGGGAUGGGUUUGGGGACUCCUCCUCAUGAGGAUUGACUUUAGUCGUUGAAAUCAGCCAGUAUAAAGGAGGUUGAGUGAAGGCUACUAGCCCAGGUUUUGCUGUACAUUGACAUCUUAGCUUUAUGAUAGGCAGAGAACUGGCUAUCCAGUUGCCUGACAUUGUGAGACGGGGGUGGGGAAUACUGCAAACAAAACUUAAGUACAAUAAUACUGUGUUCUCCAAGGAAAAUAGUUCUUUAUUUUUCCACCAAACAAUCUGACCCAUGUGAGCUCCUGGGACAGUGAAACUCAGUUUAAACUUGAAAACAAAUCUUUAUAUUUAGGAGAUCUGCAAAGGGACAUGAAUUGAGAAUAUUGUUUACAUUUCCUUAAGUUUGCCUUGCUUUGGAAGCUAAAGGGGAUGGUACAGAAGAGUGCAUUGUCUUCAAAGCUUUGGGGGCUGGAUCUAAAAGUUACAGGUGCUGUUGUCUGUGUGCUGCUUCAAAUGGCUUCAGUUGAGCAUUGGCCCAUAGAAAUACCAGGGCUAUCUGGUAAACUUUGUACUGCAGUGUGCAGAAAGUCAUCUGGGAGGAAAAACCAGUCUUGGAGAACUUCAAAAUCUCCAAGAACAAAAUUUACCCCUUGAUGCAGCAUGCUUUUUAACCUGUGAAAUGCAAGCAGAUACCGUUCAGUGGGGAAUGCAACCUCCUUUUCCCCACUAGCACCUGGAUAUGCAUGAUUGCAUACUCAUCUAUGUAACUUAUGGAUACUUUGCACAUUAGGUAAUUUCACAUGAAAAGCACUUCCAUGUAAAAUAUCAUGCAACUUGCAUGUAGCUCAGGGUUCGAGAAACCUGUGAUCCUCCAGGUGUUUUUUGGACUCCAGCUCCCAUCAUCCCUGACCAUUAGCCAUGCUGGUUGGGGCCAAUGGAAGUUAUGGUCCAGCAACACAUGUAGGGCCAGAGGUUCCCCACCCCUGAUGUAGAUCUUCAUCUAAAAUGACCACAUAUAUUGUUUUUUUGCUGUGUGUGUAUGUCCAUGACCACUUGUGGCUUCCCAGCAUGGAGACAUACAGCAAAACCUCACACAAGCGAUGGUGUUCAGUGAUUAUAUAUAUGAAGGUUGCAUUCUAUUUUUUACACAGAAGUACUUGGUGUAGCAAUUCUGUACUGUGUGAAGCAGCUUUGGGGUUUUAAUAAGAGGAGUGGACAGAGAUGAGAUAGAACGCUGCUGGUGGGUGCUGGCCAAACUGAGUGGAAGACCUUUAGAAUUGUGAGAACAGACUUUCUGGACUUCUAGCAUUACUGUCAACUUAACCACAAAACACUCCAUGCAGAUAACAUUCUGGCAAGAGGUCCCAUUUCUUUUCUUUUAUUGAUGAUUGGAACUGCAUGUAGAUUAUGCAUCCCUGGGGUCACAUAAUGCUAAUCUUCGCACAGGAUGGAGAUUAACAAUAGAGCCAGAAAGGUAGGCUAGAAAGCACCCUAGGAUCAAUAUUUACAUUGGGCCUAAAGUUGUCUGAAGUCAGGAUGUGAUUCAGUUUGGGUCUGUAUUGUUUCUCCCAAAGCAAAUGUUACUUGUGAGCCAAAACCUAGGCAUGUCUGGACUAGCAUGAAGCAAGUGAGUCUAGCUCUGUCAGAAUUGUGCUACAUUGCUUCUAGGUUACAAGGACUUCUAUAUGCUCCUUAGAUAGGUCCCAAAUCUUUAGUAUGUCCUUAGAGGGACACUUGUAGGAGCAGCAAGUGUCAGGAUUCAUUCAAAAUGCCUUCAAAACUUGGAUACUCCGUAUCAUCUAUAGAUACAAGGGCAGAGCCGUUCCAGGGCAAGUGAUUGUAUGUCUAUGGACCAUUUGUUCGGAAUAUUGAACUGGUUGUAUGUGCAUCUUCAUCUGCAGUAUGCAUGUCAUAGUAUGAUCUAGGCACUAGCUUACAAGCCUUUGGGCCUUUUUUAAAGCAAUUGUUUGGCCUGCCAGUUUUCCUGCUCACUUCUCUUUUAUGUCAUGUAUCCUUCAUGCUGCCACCAUAUGAGCUCCAAAUAAAGAUGAGAAAUGGGGAGGCUACAAACUCAUAAACUGUGUUACUCACACCUACAACAUCUGGAGACUCUACUUCAAGGCUUGGCAAUCUGGUGCCCUCCAGAUAAUUUUGACUAUAACUCCAAUCAACCCCAGCCAGCAUGGCCAGUAGUCCGAGAUUAUGGGCAUUGUAGUCUAAAACAUCUGGAAGGCACCAAAUUAUCAACUCCUGCUGUACUUCACCAAAGCUUGCUUUCUUAGAAAUGAAUUCAACGGAAAUGAAUGGGAUUUGCUUCCAGGUAGCUGUGUUUCAAAAUCAAGAUAUAUAUUUCUAUCGUGGUUUAAGGAUAGUUUUAAUUUUUUUUAAAAAAACACAGUGCUUCUGGUUCCUUGUACCAUGCUCCUUUUGCUUUACACGCCUGUUGAGUAAGGUGACGGAAGUUGCCCAGGAAAUUUAUGCAUAGGGACUUUCAUCCGGAGAUAAACCAAUGGCUUGCAUGUUGUUCAGAGAGCUUCCUACAGGAUUUUUUGUAAGAUCUAAGCACUAAUUCCCAAAGUGAGCACAUUAGUGGACCUAAAUAGUUAGUCAUAUCAGCAUAAUAUCAAGGAGCUUUGCUCAAACCAGAAUAAACAGCCCUUUUGCUAAUAUGUGCAAGGAUGCCACUUGUUCUAAUGCACCCUGUAAAUGUAUACUUCUGAAUGAAAAGCAUUCCUCAGAAAUCGAUCAGAGCAGUUAUUCAGAAUACAGGUACAUGUCACAGGGACCCUUAUUUUUAUUCUUCUCCCAUACAUUAUUCUUGAACCAGGUAUUCUCCUUUUGUGUUUGGCUCCCAUUGCAGUUAUUACUAAACUUUUGCCCUGUAGAUUAGAGUGUCUACUUCAGGAUACAUUAGUCUUUUCUCACGUUUUCAUGCUUCUAGUUUUUGCCUGAACAGAGUUCUCAAGGGCUAUAUAGUAUUAGCACACCAUGUAUAUUUUUCUUUUAAGCAAAGCAACAAUCUCACUUUCUGAGUGCCAAAAUGCAACAGUGUGUUGUUGCUUCUGUCUGCAUAGUUUAAGCUCAGCCAAUGGGUUCUCAAUUUGGAAGACUGAAGGACAUCCACCCGCAGAUAAUUUGAAAGCUCUUGGCAAAGGCUGGCAAGUUCAGGCUUCGAUAUCCUGGACGCUGUUGAAGUUGUUUGUGUUCUUGUAGAAUUGGCAGGUCCUGCUUUUGUAAUAAAGGAGAGGGGUUGGGGAACUUCGAUGGCGGUGCUGGCUACCUCACUGUCUUUGCUGUGCAUGAAGUGUUGUAACAUAUUUAGCCUUUGUAAAUCUUAAUUCUUUUUCACUUCUGCCAUGUGCCUUUUGGAGCGGUAUGUUUGUUGGCAGCAAUUUGAUGCUGUUGCCACAAUUAUGUAGCUAUUAUGAAAAGCCAAGGUUCUGGAGCAGAGUAAGAAGAGAGUUCAUACUAUGGUAGUGCAUAUGCUAAAUUGACCUGUUCAACUAAUGAAAGUGACAGCUUUCUACUAGACAUACCUACCCUGCUUUUUACUAAAGCCAUCUUUCACAAAAUGGGGAAAAGUGCUGUAUGGAUUAAUUGCUGGCUGGGGACUGCUAGGACUUGUAAACAUACAUAGCAUCGCACCCUAAUGGGAUAUGUUAUUCAUCAGAGGGAAGCAAUAUAUUGAUGCAACUGAGAUUCCUGGAGUGCUAAGUAGUUUUCCUCCACCCAGAAACCCUACUGUCUCACACAUACUCUCUUAGGCCUUCCUGUAGAGCAUGUAUGCAUAUACCUGUGUGUAUAUACUUGUGUAGAGCUUGCAGUGUUGCAACUUUUAUCAGUAUAUAUUCCAUUCUGCCAGACACCUAACUUCUGCAUCUGUUCAUUUUUCUAGAUAGGUUACUUUGCCAAUUUUUAAUGUACAGUAGAUUCCCCUUGCUGAGAAGCAUGCCUGCCUUUUUAAAACUUCAGUACAAUUUCCUUGGGAUUCUUGACUCUGGUCUUCUGUCAACGUUAUUGGAGGCAGGCUUCUUUAUAUUCCCCAGCUUGCUGGAAAACCUGUUCUCUUAGAAGCUCUAAUGCUGUGCCUUUCUGUUAACCAGCUAUUUCAAUUCCAAAGUCUAUAAUUUUGAAAAUGCCUUACCUUAAUUAACAAGAUGAUCCACUCUUCUGACAACUUGAGUUGACUCCAUAAGUUGCUUAAUGUGUAAGUGCAUGAAACUUAAAAAAAACCCACUAGCAUCUCAUAGGCAAACUGUGCUCUCAAAUUCAGUUUAAAUUUAAUCGGUUGUGGGCAGAUGGUUCAAAUUGGUGCUAACCAAGAUUACCAGUUCAUAAAGUUAGUAUUAAAAGCCUACCAUUAUAUAUUUGUCUUAAGUUUGCUGCUAUGUGUUUGAGUGUGUUUUAGUUGUGUGGCAAACUGCUGUUUAAAGUUUUGUCGCUACUUUUCUCAAAUUUUGAAGAGGUUGUUUUUUUAAAAAAAAAAACUCAAUAGCACUGCAGUAUUUGUAUAUCAUAUCAAUAUUAUUUUGUCCUGGAAUAAUUAAGUCGCUCUUCUACUUUAACUGGAAGAAAUGCUCAGUUUUAGUCUACUUGCUUAAAAGUAAUACGUACAGAACCAACAUACACACACACAAUUUACUUUAUAUUAUAAUGUUCUUAUACUUCAAUAAGAUUCAUUGUACUUGGUUUUGAAUUCAGAAGAAAUUGCUUUCACAAGAAGAAAACUUAUGAGAAUUGGUUCAGUUCUUCUUGUAAUGUGUGUCAAUCACUGUGUGUUUAAUUUUUAAAAAGCCAAAUAGUUCAUGUAUGACAUUUUCUAAUUGCUUUAACUAGAGCUGUUUCUUUGCUUUUAUGCUAUGAGAACAAAAGUUGGAGAUGUUGUUAUCCUGGGAAAGCUUAGGUUCUUUGUUAGAGUGGGACAGACUUUCCAGCCAGAAUAUUAAAUAAGGCUGAAAGCAAUGUCUGCCCAUUGAUCUCGCUGUGGGUUCACUGCUGCAUUUGGGGUUUGUUUGCUUGACCCUGGCUGGCUGGCUUGCUUGCUUCUCUUGUGUGAUGUCUAUCUUCCAAUAUUCCUUUGCCAUUAACAUUAGUUUAGACUUGAGAUUUCUAGGCUGUUUGGUUGGUUUUUUUAAUUUAUUUUGCAGGUUAAAAGAACUCCUAGAAGAUGGUAUGCUGGACAAUUUUGUAUAACUUUCAAUUCAUUGUUUUAGU